UUUUAUGUGUGAUAACAGAACCUAAAAUCGAGGAGUUAAAGAUUGAAGUAGUAGUGGCUGUACAAAUGACAACGAACAUGGGAAGAAGUAAAGAAUCAACUUUUGCAGAAUUGAUGUUAGUUGUGUCAAAUUGGUAUGAUGAACGCAUACCCAUCAGUAUGCUGAAAGUAUUAUUCAGGGACCAUAUAGACGAUACUUUUGCAUUAUAUAUUUCUUCUAAGACGAUAGACUUAAUGAAUAUGCUGAUAACAUUUGGAAGUUUGAGUCCAACUGACCUUACUCUCCUCUAUGAUACUAUUAUGGCAACAAAGCAAUUUGGUCUGGGGCAUGAAAUUCAAAAUAGAAUGCCAUCAUUCCAAAUUGCCAAAAAUAUCAGGAAGAAAGUAAUUACAACAUUCACACUGCAUCGGCAAAGACUUGUAAAGCUGGGAAUGGCGCUCACUCCAAGUGAUGUACAAAAGCUUUGUCAUCUGUAUAAGGUCAAACACACAGAUAGAUGGAGUUUAAUCAUGGAUCUAGAACAUAAUAUGGUCAUUUGUGAAGAAAACAUGGAUACAUUCAUUGACAAGUUGAAGACACAUAAUCUACAUCAAGCUGUGAAAUCUCUAACAGAAGGUUUAUUUUUUCUUUUAUACAUUCCAAACCCAUCUUCAAACCCAGGAGAAGCAAGUGGUAAGAUAAAUUAUGUUUGUAUUGGUGUAAUAUUAUUUAUUACUGUGUCUAUUUUACAUUUUUUUCAAAACCUGUGAACACAAUGAAAAACAGAGGUAAUGCACCUAAUAAAUGUCUAGGAUUCGAAACCUGCUAGGUGUAAAAAAAGAGCUAACAACAUCACAGUCAAUCACACAAUUGAAUAACAAUCAAUACUUUAUUAUUGAAGACAAAAUAAUGGUUUUUUUUUUAAGUUUUACACUGGACUGCUUCACUAGGCACACUUGAAUGUAUUUCAGACUUUCCAGAAAUGACUCUGUGGGAUGGUGCAAAAUGUGGUGUGAACAAAUUCCUUUUUUAAUUCAAAAUGUCUUUAGUACAAAUAUGUUAUUGUAUUUGAAAUGUUUGCAAAAUAUUAAUUAUAAGGUAGAAUUUCUACCAAGCAAGGGGUAAGAUAGAUUAUGUUUGUAUUGGUGUCAUGCUACUGUCUAUUUUACAUUCUUUGGCCUAGUAGAUGCAAAUGAAUAACACACCGGGGAACUUUGCCUGUGUAGUCCAGUCAUGUGCAGUACAUAUACUUUUGACUUUUUCGA